CAGUCAUGCCAGCUCAGCCGGUUCCAGGAGCUCUGACAGCUUAUAAGGCGCCUGGGUCCUUGAUGAACACCCUGAGAGCACGGCAUAGGCGUGACGAGACAGAGAAGCCGCAGACACAGAGUCCGACGUGGUGAAGGGACCGAGACAUGGAUGCCGGCGCAGAGGCCUGGGACAGGUUGGACGAGGACACCUUCAUUGACAACUUCCACAAUGCAAUCUGGCUGUCCAGGACCUACCUGUGCUAUGAGGUCGAGCAUCCCGGUCAGGGAUCCGGGAUUCCUCCGGGCCAGGACAAGGGCGUCCUGCGCAAUAAGAGUGCCCGGUACCCCAUGCUCUCCCGCCAUGCGGAGUCCUUCCUGCUAGAGCAGAUCCAGUCCUGGAAACUGAACCCGGAACACCAGUACCGGGUCACCUGCUUUCUCUCCUGGAGCCCCUGUGCUGAUUGUGCCCAGCGUAUGGCUGAGUUUCUGGGGGACAAUAGCCACGUGAGCCUGAACCUCUAUGCCUCCCGCAUCUACAGCCUGGGACAGUAUGAGCAGGGGCUGCGCACCCUGAAGAGGGCUGGGGCCAGCAUCACCAUCAUGACCGCCAGGGAGUUUGAGCACUGCUGGGACACCUUCGUGCUCCACCAGGGAAGAAGCUUCCAGCCCUGGGAGGGUCUGGACAAGGAGAGUCAGAAAUUCUCUGAGACCCUGCAUCGCAUUCUCCAGGAAGCCUGAACGAUGGCCUUCAGUCUCGCCAAAGACCACGCAGGGGAGGCCUCUGUGACCAGCAGAAUAAAACACUUCCUCCCAAGCCAUGCAGACCUGCUCUCCACCGCCCUCCAGAUCGAUCCACGGCACGGCAACCAGCAAAAGGCCAUGAGCCCAAAGAAGUCCUCUUGAAAGAAAAAUCUGAGUAGAUUUACUUGUCCUGGAAAAUCUACCUUAAGUUCAAAUAUACGGGUUAAGAUCAUA